AGACUAAAAUUACUACUACAGUCGGCUGAUACAGAGACCGGCAGAAACACAGGUUGAUUCCGAAGGAAACGAUUGCGGAUACAGUGUUGUUGUUUAAUCGAACCGGUUAAUUGUUUUCCUUUUUAUUUCAUAUCAUUCAAUAACUGGAUUCAUAGGAAACGUGUAAACGACUUUACGCACAUCUUCAAGAACGAGAUGGCUAGAGGCGAGGGCGCCGAGCAGUACUCCAAUACCAGUCUCCUUCAAAAACCCAGCCCAGAAGGAAUCAAACUGGCAACAAAGCAUGAAUCAAGGGGCCAGUUGUCUGUAUGCAACAAGUUGUGUUAUGCCAUUGGAGGAGCACCAUAUCAGAUAACAGGAUGUGCAAUCGGCUUCUUCCUUCAGAUCUACCUGCUGGACGUUGCAUUGUUGGACCCGUUUUAUGCCUCCAUCAUCUUGUUUGUGGGUCGAGCUUGGGAUGCCAUCACAGACCCUACGGUGGGCUUUCUAGUCAGCCGGAGUCCCUGGACCAGAUUUGGACGAAUGAUGCCCUGGAUUGUACUGUCUACCCCAUUUGCCGUUCUGUGCUAUUUUCUCAUUUGGUACGUGCCGUCUGUUGACCAAGGCAAGGUUGUUUGGUACCUGAUCUUCUACUGCUCCUUCCAGACAUUACAGACAUGCUUCCACGUACCAUAUUCCGCACUUACUAUGUUCAUCAGCACAGAGCAGAAGGAGAGGGAUUCAGCCACUGCCUAUCGAAUGACUGUUGAGGUUUUGGGCACGCUCAUUGGGACUGCUGUGCAAGGUCAGAUUGUGGGAAUGGCUAGCGCUCCUUGCAUCAGCGCUGGCGAGGACCUGAACUCUACAGAUCUACAGGGGGCUCCCGAGGUCAACAUCACUGAGCCUCAUGUUUCACUGGAGCAUCUGAGAAAUGCUUACUUGAUCGCAUCUGGAGUCAUCUGCUCAAUUUAUGUCGUCUGUGCCGUGGUCUUGUUCCUUGGUGUGAAAGAGCAAAAAGAGACCUGCAGGGUUAGGACUGAGCCCAUGCCGUUCUUCCAGGGCAUUCGUAUGGUUAUGGGUCACGGUCCUUAUGCCAAGCUAGUCAUGGGCUUCCUCUUCACCUCUCUGGCUUUUAUGUUUCUGGAGGGAAACUUUGCACUGUUCUGUAGCUACACCCUUGGCUUCAGAAAUGACUUCCAGAACAUCCUUCUCGUCAUUAUGCUUUCCGCCACACUUGCCAUCCCAUUUUGGCAAUGGUUCCUCACUAAAUUCGGCAAGAAGACCGCUGUGUUUAUUGGGACUACAUCUGUGGUGCCUUUCCUGAUCUCCGUCGUCUUAGUGCCCAGCAAUCUUAUUGUGACGUACAUCGUGUCCUUCGCCGCUGGAGUCAGUGUUGCAGCGGCCUUCCUCCUGCCAUGGUCCAUGCUUCCCGACGUGGUGGAUGAUUUUAAAGUCCAAAAUCCAGAUUCUCAGGGCCAUGAAGCCAUCUUCUACUCCUUCUAUGUGUUCUUCACCAAGUUUGCAUCUGGAGUUUCCUUGGGGGUCUCAACUCUUAGUCUUGAUUUUGCCGGCUAUGUGACGAGAGGGUGCACGCAACCUGCUGAAGUCGAUUUAACAUUGAAGAUCCUGGUGUCUGCUGCACCAAUAUUCUUCAUCAUCAUCGGGCUGCUAAUAUUCAUCUCGUAUCCAAUCAACGAGGAAAAGCGUCAAGGCAACCACAAAAUACUUAAAGAACAACGAGAAAAUGAAAUGGACUCAGACUCCACUGAGCUCAAUGUGGUUUAAUAGCACCAGAACACUAGACUGAACAUCGUGCCAAUUGCAUCGGACCCACAAAGCCAAAACAAACUGAGGGGAUGCUUUGAACCAACCAUGCUGCCUUGUGGCUGAAAGCUUCCAUCCAUAUCACCCCUACACGACCCCAAAACAUCUUGAAACGUAACCAUUGCCAGCUCAAGUUCAAAGUGCCUUGCAUUUGCAGUUGCAAGUGCUUAUGGACGCUAGAAACGUUUCCCUGAGUUGCACAAGGCUUCUGUGUGUCGCCAGUAUUUGAGCUGCUCACUGGUAUAGGAUCUCAAAGCAGUGUACAAAAAAAAAAAAAAGCCUGCUUUCGAGAAGCACACA